UCCUGGGAAAAUGUGAAAGGACAACAAGUGAAAAAAAAUCGGGGUGGGUAGACUCAGCGAAAUCACGAACGUGUGGCAGGACUUUAAGCGGGCGUUUAGCCUGCUGUGCUCCGGGAACGCCGCAACAAUGUUGGAAGUACCACCCGGCAGUCGCGAAGAUUUGGUGGAAGCAGCGAGAUCUCCAUGUUCACCCACCGACAUCUUGUACGGAUACUCGGAACAGAUUUAUGUACUGGACCAUACACCUGAGGCAAUGACUGACAUGGACAUGCUGCAAUUGUUCGCUUCGCCAGCUGGGAGAGCGCUGGUGACAAAACGAAAGAGAGGAUCAACAUCGACCUCAUCAUUAUCUCGAGAUAGAGACUCCUCGUCCAGGAUGAAGAGUGAGAGAAUUGCCUCAAACACAGGUUCUGUUAGCGCCCCUGCCUCUCCUCCUCGACAACGGAAAUCGAGCGCUGAACUUUACAAGGAAGCUGUAGAGAUUCUGGGACUCACCUGUAGCCUUAGCGACAGUUGUCGAUGUAUCGAUUGUCAGAGUAACUACUUCGAUUACGAUGACGAAUAUGGCGAUACCAAGCCAGAACUGGCAGCAGGAACACCAAUAUUACUGGACCACGCUUUGUCGCAUCCACUGACGUGUUCCAUCCAGUAAAAAAAAAUUAGAAGUUAGAGGAAUUUUCUUGCCAAAACUCUCGAUCGACCCACAACAGACGCCGGAGAAAAAAACGCAACGUUCUAUAACAACCUUUUGU